UCCUUGUUAUUACAUAAGUCAAAGUCGUAUACAACAUAGUACUAAAAUGCAUGUUUGGCUAGUCCUCAUUCUACCAGUUCUUCUCCAUUGUAAUGCAGAAGAAGUUCAUCAAGAACCGCAUCAUUUGGUGAAACGAGGAGCUCGGGCUUCAAACUGUUACCACAGGUGUCCAGGAGGAGAUGGAAGAUGCGCUUACACCUCGGGGAAAGGAUAUCACUGUAUCUGUAGUCAGGGAUGGACAGCAACAUACUGCAGUGUUAUAGACUGUUCCUACUCUGGCUACUGCAUAAAUGGUGGCACGUGCAUUCCGAGUGCCGGUCUAACAAGCUACACGUGCACAUGCGCCAAUGGAUGGACAGGGGACAACUGUCAGACCGUUGAUUGCAGCACUGGCGACUACUGCGAGAAUGGAGGAUCGUGCCACCCCACAUCGGACUCAACAGAUUAUGUGUGCACAUGUACCGCUGGGUGGAAGGGCAAAAGUUGCCAUCUUCGAGACUGUGCUACGGGCGACUACUGCUCGAACGGGGGAACGUGUUCUGAAGUGUCGAAUGGGACCGAAUACCAAUGUUCAUGUACCAGUGGAAGGAAAGGAAGAAACUGUCAUCUCAGAGAUUGUACAACGGGGAGUUAUUGUGACAACGGGGGAACUUGUUCUGAAGUCUCCGACGGAUACGAUUACUUGUGUACAUGUACCAGUGGAUGGAAGGGAAUGAACUGCCAUCUCAGAGAUUGUGAUACCGGAGCGUAUUGUUCCAACGGUGGCACAUGUGAUGAAAUAGAUGGAGGCUCUGACUAUGCAUGUUCGUGUACCAGCGGAUGGAAAGGGAGAAAUUGUCAUCUUAGAGACUGUGAAACGGGGAGUUUUUGCAAUAACGGAGGUACGUGUUUCGAAGUAUCCGAUGGACACGAUUACUCGUGUACAUGUACCGCUGGAUGGAAGGGGAGGAAUUGUCAUCUCAGAGACUGUGCAACUGGGAACUACUGUUACAACGGAGGUACAUGUUUCGAAGUCUCCGAUGGAUAUGAUUACUCGUGUACGUGUACCAGUGGGUGGAAGGGGAGGAACUGUCACCUUAGAGAUUGUGCUACCGGGAGUUAUUGUGAUAACGGAGGAACGUGUUCUGAAGUUUCCGAUGGGUAUGAUUAUCAGUGUGCAUGUACUAGCGGAUGGAAAGGAAGAAACUGUCACCUCAGAGAUUGUACAACGGGGAGUUAUUGUGACAACGGGGGAACUUGUUCUGAAGUCUCCGACGGAUACGAUUACUUGUGUACAUGUACCAGUGGAUGGAAGGGAAUGAACUGCCAUCUCAGAGAUUGUGAUACCGGAGCGUAUUGUUCCAACGGUGGCACAUGUGAUGAAAUAGAUGGAGGCUCUGACUAUGCAUGUUCGUGUACCAGCGGAUGGAAAGGGAGAAAUUGUCAUCUUAGAGACUGUGAAACGGGGAGUUUUUGCAAUAACGGAGGUACGUGUUUCGAAGUAUCCGAUGGACACGAUUACUCGUGUACAUGUACCGCUGGAUGGAAGGGGAGGAAUUGUCAUCUCAGAGACUGUGCAACUGGGAACUACUGUUACAACGGAGGUACAUGUUUCGAAGUCUCCGAUGGAUAUGAUUACUCGUGUACGUGUACCAGUGGGUGGAAGGGGAGGAACUGUCACCUUAGAGAUUGUGCUACCGGGAGUUAUUGUGAUAACGGAGGAACGUGUUCUGAAGUUUCCGAUGGGUAUGAUUAUCAGUGUGCAUGUACUAGCGGAUGGAAAGGAAGAAACUGUCACCUCAGAGACUGUGCAACAGGAAGUUAUUGUAACAACGGGGGCACCUGUUCUGAAGUAUCCGACGGAUACGAUUAUCUUUGUGGAUGUACCAGUGGAUGGAAAGGAAGAAGUUGUCAUCUUAGAGACUGUUUGACGGGAAGUUAUUGUUACAACGGAGGGACAUGUGCUGAGGUCUCUAAUGGUUAUGAUUACCAGUGUACGUGCACAAGUGGAUGGAAGGGCCGCAACUGUCAACUUAGAGAUUGCGCAACAGGAAAUUACUGCCAUAAUGGGGGAACGUGUUCUGAAGUUUCCAAUGGAUACGAUUAUUCUUGUGCAUGCACUGAUGGAUGGGAAGGAAGAAAUUGUCACCUUAUUGACUGCGAAAGUCCGAGUCGAUGCCUCCACGAUAGCAAAUGCAAUUUAAUAGAAGAUGGCAGAAAUUACACGUGUGAUUGUUCGUAUGGAUGGGUUGGAGAUAACUGUCAAGAUAUAGAUGUAUGCACGCCAUACAAGGAUGCCGACAUUGUUUUCCUUAUUGAUAUAUCUGAGAGCGCGAUCACCUGUCGUGUGAACACAUUUAAAGAGUAUAUACAGGAUUUCGUGUCAUACUUUCCAAUAGGAGCGGACCAUUUUCAAUUUGCAUUGGUAACAUUUGCGCUUCAACCACAAGUAUUGUUCUAUUUUAAUUCACACACGGACAACACGUCAUUACAGACAGGGAUAGACGACUCCAUGGGAAAUAUUACAUGUGAGGGACCAACAAUGGUAUAUAAAGCUCUCGACCUUGUAGCUUCGGAAAUAUUUAAAGAAGAGAAUGGGGCAAGGAAUGAAGUUGGAAGAUACGUGUUUGUCUUGACUGAUGGGCUGUUUUCCAAUCCGUCACAAAAUAGAGAAAGUGCUUAUCUCUUAAAUUCUCAAACAAAUGCUUACAUCUACACAAUAGCUGCUGGGAGAUUUGUCAACCCAAAGGGCCUUCUCGAUAUCUCUUCCUCGUACAGAAACACAUAUCCCAUUGAAAUGCAAGAUUCCGUCCAAUCCAUUUUGAAGCAAACCAUGUUUGGCUGUGAAGGUUGUAAAAGGAGGGGUUCGGACAUUACCAUGUUAUUCGACGUUUCAUCGGACACCAGUUUUGAAGAACUUCAUGCAUUUCUUAAGGCGGGUACAUUCCUCAUACAGAACACGAAGUUGUCAGAAAACAACAGCGAUAUUUCGAUUGCAACAUUCGGUGAGGAAUACGUCACGCAUGCCCAAGUUCGAGAAAAUAAGUCAGCGGAGGAACUUGUACAGAUUCUCAAUAGAGCAGUACAUCGAACUGAUGGGAAAAGACAGUUUAAUGCCUGUAUUUAGUAAAUACGGCAAUGGAGGGUUUCCUACAUCACAACGAUAGUAGGAAGGUCAUCAUUUUCUUCACGACGGCUCUUAACUUUCAUGUAGAUAGUGACGAAAUUGCAGGCAUUGUUAAUGGUAACAAUGUUCUUAUAGUAUCAGUCGGUGCAGGCCUAAAUACUGACUUCGAAGCAUUGCUGAAACUGUCCUCCCAUUCAGCGUUGACUUAUCUUCUUGGAGAUGACUUGUUCACCGACGAAACUGUGCUGUACUCUCUCCAUCCAGUUCUAGAGUAUGAUGAGUGUAUUGUAUGAUACUAACUGUACGAGAUUAUUGAAUACUACGUAUACUUUUGCCUCAUGCUGGUAUCUAAGACUGGAUACAUAACGUUUUAAUUAUUGCGAUAAUAUGUUUAUGGUCUCAGAUGUUGUUAGAAAAUUUAUAUUAUACUGGAAUCAGUUGUGUGUAGCAUUGCUUGGCCACUCUCACAGUUUAACGAGUAUGUCAGUGUCAACUAUAUCCGGAACUAACUAACUCACAGUUUCAAAGGCUACUUGUGAUUGUUUAGACUGUUUAAGCAUUUCUUAUGUUGAGUCGUAUUAGAAAUCAAUUAUAAUGAAGAAUUAGCUGUAGUGUAGCAUCUGUAAAUCCAAGCUGGAUGUUUUGAAUUUUAAUUGUAUGAUGAUAGUAAGUAAUUAGAUUUUAUGAGGGCUUUCGAUAUCUUUGGGUUAUAUCUAAUUACAAAAGAUUAACAUAGAUCUUGAAAAUAGGGCAAGGAAAGCGAUGUGUUUGCAGCAGUUAGUAAAGUCCGUAAAUUUCACGUUAUGUUCAUGAUUUAUAUCUGACAUUUGUCACAUAAGUUUAGCAUUGUUAUUUACCAUGUAAAUAAACCAUUUAUGUGUGUU